AGCACGUCCACACACAGAUCUACGUCUGUAAGGAGGAGAUCCAGCCAUUGGUGUUCCUUCUGAAACGUCCCUCGCUCCGUCUCCGUCUUCUCACAGCUAAUCUCCUGCCCCCUUGCUGAAUCCCCUCCGUGACCCACGCGCGCACUAGCGCACCUUGCGCGUAUCCGAUGUCGUCCCACCGUAACACUGAUUCCUUGGCAGAUCUCAGGAGAUCUACCAAUCUCGGCAGCACGGCUACUCGCUUUGGAUUCCCGCCCUUCGGCAGCACCAACCGCGACCCACCCACCCCUCCCACCGUCCCGGGAUGCGGGACGUGUCAGCAUAUCCGAUUCAUCAACAACCCGCUCAACCCCUUCCGCGUCGGAUACAAGAAGGACGGCCGUUUCAUAGGAUGCGUCGCCAUGACACCCGGCAUCGAGAGUGCUAUCACCAGCGGCACCAAGCAAUUCAAGCUCGUCGACAACGACUACGUCCCGCUCGUUGACGAACUCACCAAGCCAGGCAUGCUCAUCGGCCUCCAACACCAUGAGGCCGGCGUUCGCGGUCUCAGCAGCGACAUACUCCUCCUCAGCGCCAUCAUGGUCAAGAAACUCUGCAACAAGCACGGCUACGACACCCCCCUCUCCCGUGGCGCCGGCGACGCUGCUGCCGCCGAUCGGUACAUCCACAACCCGAUGAAUCGAGCGGAUGUCCGCAAUCCACUCGCCAACGACCUGACAGCCGCCACCCACUGCCUCGCGAAGAUCAGCGACUUCAUAUGCGACCACGACGGCAACACGCCGAUUGAGCUCAUGAACGCCCUCCCUCGCCUUCUUCAGGAUUUCGCCACUCAGCCCGGCCCUUCUUCGAGUCGCCGCCGCAAGACAUCAUCCAACGCAGCUGCCGCGGCCGCCUCUCCGGCAGACGACGAAGACUCAAUCCAUGCUGAGCAAGACGACUUCUUCAACGCCAACGACAUGGAGCAAGACAACAAGGACGACGACUUCGACAUGUACGACGAUGACGCUGCCAUUGCCCGUCGAGACGUCAUUCCCAUGGUCCGAUUCAAGACACUCAUCGGCCUCCAAACUCACCUCUCGGACAUCCCCGACGACAUCCAGCAGUUCAUGGGCGCUGUCGUCACACCCACGGCCGCCAUCGUCCAACUUGGUGGCCUGCUCAACAGCGACGACUGCGUGAUCGACGCCCCCAACGUCAUCGACGACUUCACCCUGCAGCAAGCCGCAUUCUUCGCCAACCACAUCGCCUCCAUGCUUCCCCCGGCCAAGGCAUCCCGCGCCAAGACCGCUCAGGAGCUCCUCAGUUGGGGCAAGCGCAUCGACGCCAACGUCCACCUGUCGGUCAAGCAAGUCAUCAACUAUGUCGCCAUCAAAUACGCCAUCAGCCUACGCGCCAAAGGUCCCAGCAAUGCGUCACAGGGAUCGUCACAGGGAUCGUCAGUCAACACCCGCGGUCGUGCAUCCACAAAAAAGACUGACUGAUGUAAGGCGCCACUGGAGCUUCGCCCCCAGUGGCAACACCGAAAUCGACCGGUGCUUCCUGCCAAUCCGUUUUCCUCGUCUGUUAUGUCUGUCCCUUAUAGAUCAGACUCUGUACGGUCAGUGGUUGGAUCUCCAGACGCGUCAUCGCCCUCCUUUUCCAGCUGCGCGUGCUGUACUACUGGGCAACACUCACUCACUCACGUACCCGAACAAGGCGCUGCAAUUCAUCCAUCUGAGCAUGCUAUCUCGUUGCUUUUGACUGCGUGUAAGAAUGAAUCUGUGAAGCUCUCGAGUACUCGUCAGGUGUUUCGUUUUCUUCGCUUUUUGUCACGGGUGCGCCAUCUACUCCACCACCUUCGUACACACACCCGCUGUUCCCACUGUAGAUGCACGUGGCGUAUGUGCCGUUGUGAGUGGCUUUUCAUUUUGCAACCCACACACCGUGAGCCGUUUCGCGCCGUCCGUCUGGAUGGUCUACGUGAUUUUGCCUCACCAUGUGUCCAACAUCGCCUGACACCCUCGUCAAUUAAGACUCUCUGUACGCGUCUCUUUUCUAUCCAGUCUCGCGCGAUGUGUGCCCUUGUGUCACGUACCCCUACCCCUUUCCUGCGUAAGAUCCAUGCAUUGAGAGAGCGACUGGGUGCUCUUUUUGCGCCUGGUGUACACGACAUGAAGCAUGGCCUCUAUCUGCUGUGUUCCCCUUGGUCCACUCAGUCUUAUCUCGGUUUCACGACACGUGGUUAUGUUGUGCGUUGGGAUGAGCAUGUCAGUCACGCUUUUCGUCAUGGCACUCGCUCCCACUCCCCACAGCAGCACUUAUACGGCUCUCUGUCGCGAAAUGAUGUAUGUGCGUAUGCAUGCGUCCCUCUGUGUUCAUUUGACGCGUUGGGUCUCACUAUACAUCAAAUGAAGUCGAUUGAAGUACAGGCCAUUGACGCUUUUCAACCCUCACUCAACACACAUUCGUCCUCUCGUCAUGAUUUGCAUGCACUGCAUCGCC